GCACGAAGCAGCGGUCGGAGAUGAGGGUCGAGAAGGUUAUUGAGGUGGGACCCAGUGAUCCUGGGAAGUAUCCGAUACCUAAAGCGAGGCUAACCCUAGAAUUUCUUAGGGAUUUUGUUCAUCUUCGUGCACGCACAAACACGCUGCUACUAUCUCUUAUGGGUCUUCCAGCUGAAAGAGCAAAACCAUCUGAUAAAGGGCUGACUGUACAUAUGAAAACACAGUCUAUGAGCCAAACAUGGUCAGUACGAAUCAAAUGCAGCUGAUACUAGCUUGUAGAAGCCUUAUUUGGCUGGUUCUUCUGUACCAGAUGAAACUGAGAUUGUAUAGAUAUUGUGGAUUCUUUCCCCUGAAACCUGAACGAUAUCUGCAGUUGCUCGAAUCAGGGAUGAGCUGGCUUAUGGAACUCACACGUUUUUUAGGGAAAACGGAUUCCGUUAUGUGCACACUCCGAUCAUCACCACGAGUGAUUGUGAAGGAGCUGGGGAAAUGUUCCAAGUAACCACACUUUUCAGUGAUGCAGAGAAGAUGGAGAAAGAGUUACAAGAGAAUCCACCACCAUCAGAAUCUGAAAUUGAGGCUGCAAAGGAAGUUGUUGAGGAUAAAGGAAACACAAUUAAGGAUUUAAAAGCUGCAAAAGCAAGCAAGGAACUUAUCAAGGCUUCUGUUUCUGAGCUGACAAAGGCCAAGGAAACAUUGUUAAAACUGGAAGAGAGAUUCAAUUUGAAAGGGGGAAUCCCUCAGAAGGAGGGGAAGAUUGAUUAUUCUCAUGAUUUUUUUGGGCGUCAAGCUUUUUUGACUGUGUCUGGCCAACUUCAGGUUGAGACUUAUGCGUGUGCCUUAGGUAACGUGUACACAUUUGGACCAACAUUCAGAGCUGAACAUUCCCACACAUCUCGGCAUUUAGCUGAAUUUUGGAUGGUGGAGCCCGAGAUUGCAUUUGCGAACUUGGAGGAUGAUAUGAAUUAUGCAGAGAAGUACGUAAGAUUUCUCUGCAAGUGGUUACUUGAACAUUGCCUUGAAGACAUGGAAUUCAUGGUGAAGAAUUAUGAUAAGACAGCCAUUGACCGUCUAAAGCUUGUAUCAUCAAGUCCAUUUGAGAGGAUUUCCUACACAAAAGCUGUUAACCUAUUACGGGGUGUUACUGAUAAGCAGUUUGAAAAUAAGGUUGAGUGGGGAAUAGAUUUAGCGUCUGAGCAUGAAAGGUACUUGACAGAGGUGAUUUUCAAAAAGCCUGUCAUUGUGUACAACUACCCGAAAGGAAUAAAAGCAUUUUAUAUGAGGCUCAAUGAUGACAACCGGACAGUUGCAGCAAUGGAUGUUCUCGUACCUAAGGUUGGUGAACUGAUUGGAGGAAGCCAAAGGGAGGAGCGGCUAGAUGUUAUUCUAGAAAGGAUAAAAGAAGCAGGGUUGCCACUUGAGCCAUAUGAGUGGUACCUUGAUCUUCGUCGUUUUGGGACAGUCAAGCACAGUGGGUUUGGUUUGGGAUUCGAGCGAAUGAUUCUAUUUGCCACUGGCCUUGACAACAUCAGAGACGUUAUUCCUUUCCCCAGAUAUCCAGGGAGAGCUGACCUUUAGAAAUUCUCUCAAUUUUCCUUUGGUAGCAAGCUCUAGGUUACAUUUUAUACAUUCAUUAUGGUUCAGCAUUUCAAGCUUAUUCUAGGUUAAGGGGAUGUAAUUGUUAAAAAUGAGCUGCAAAUUUUCUUUUCAUGUUUAAAUUUUUUUAAAACAGAGGUGGAAUUGUGGUAUCAUAAUGGAGAGUAAAGUGUAGGAGGGAAAUGAUCAAUGGUAUGACUCGAAGAAUUGCGGUUACAAAUGAUACCAUUUGUGAUUUGCUGUGAGUCUGACUGUUUUUUUUUAA